UUUCUCGCCUUUCUCGCAGCCCCCAUUCUCGCACACGGACCUCUUCCGUCCGCGCUCUCGACAUCGACCCAAGAUCGUCUAUACUAACCCCAACUUCAGCCAAUAGAGGCUAGACCCUCAGAGAGAGGGAGAGCAUAGCUGUUUCCCGAGUGCGCACGUCCUGUUCAACCUGACAACGACUGUAGCCCAAUUGCCGGAGUCGUCUAAGUUUCACUCAGACUUCCAGUUGUCCGAGACAAUAAGCUACCUGUGAUAAGGAUCGGAGGACGGACCGCGUAUCCAAUUCUCCCACGUAGCAGCCAUGGAGACUCCCGACGACCCCGCCCUCAACGGCCACGGCCACAGCCAUGAGACCGUCCCACUCACGGAGGUAGUCUGGGUCAACCCGUCCGACUCGCACGGCACGCGGUGGGAAGGGUUCCUGAUGUCUCAACACCGCGUAAAACCGUCGAAUCGGCACAUGGCAAAGUGUUCCUUCUGCCAUAAGGUGUAUAAAAACGGGAAACCGGAUAAGCUGUGCAAGCACAUGAAGGACUGUCCGGAGGUGCCGCAUGAGUUUAAAAGGCAGUAUUUGUCGAAGGUGCUGGAGGAGAGCGGGGUGGUGAAGACGGUGGGCGAUAUGACGGAUGCGUCGUUGGAGAAUACGCCAGUUGUGCCCGUGCCACGGAAGCGCAAACUGGAGGACGGCGCCGACAUGUCUGACCUGUUGAAGAUCAACAAAAAGUCCGAGCAGCAGGCGCUGUAUGUCCUGUUAUCGAAGGCGCUCAUCACCGCCAACGUCCCAUUACGGCUGUUGAGCAAUCCGUACUUCCAGGAUUACCAGCGCAGGCUCGCGAGGAUACCCUUCCACCCACCGGCGCAGGAGAUCAUCGGUCGAGGCUUGCUGCCCUUGCUGAAUACAGAGUAUGAACAGUCGGUGAUGCAGAAACUGGGGCCAGAGCAGAACAUGACGCUGUCUCUCGAUGGGUUUGUGGAUCUGUCAGGGAAUAGUACAUACGCGCUCAUGCUUUCGCGAGCUGAUGUCCUGAAAGAGCUGGUGGAGAGCUUGGAGCUGAGUCGAACGCGGCAUACCACGGAUGGGAUACGGGAGGCGGUGGAGAAGGCAUUACAAAAGCACAGCCUGGGGCUGCACCAAGUGAUCGCCUUUGCAUCAGACUCCUCAGACGUCCUGCUCGGCGUCCGGUCGCUCCUAGCGCAAACACACCCAUAUAUCCUCGGCGUAACGUGUUGUUUACAUGUGUUCAACCGCAUCGUGAAGGACAUCCUGGAACACGAAUGCGUGGCCCCGAUAGUGCGGACGAAUAAGAAGUUGGCAAAGUUCUUUCUGGGGUCGCCGUUUUGGUCGGAACGGUUGCAUGACUGGAGGCAUAAGAAUGGGCUGACACCUGCCGCGGAGAUCAAUAGCGAUGGGCGGUGGUGCUCCAUCAGUAAGGUCUGCUACAAAAUCCAAACCUACGAAGACGGCUUUAAACAUUGCUGGCGGCUCCACGUAAGCCGACCAAGCGACACCCCCUCCUUCCCCGACAAAAUCCCCGAAAUCCUCGCCGAUCGCCGCCACUUCGCCGACAACCACUGCAUCAUCGCCCUGCUCACCCCGAUCCUCGAAGCCAUCCGCCGCCUCGAGUCCCGCGACACCCAUCUCGGCGACAUAUGGAAGGAACUGACGAAAGUGUAUCGCGAACUCGGGUCGCUGACGCUGCCGGGCUUGUUUAACACGAUCCGCGCGGAAUGCAUGAGUAUUGUGUCGAGGAGGGCGAGAGUGUUUUGGGAUGAUGUGUAUGUAAUUGCGUUUUUCUUGUCGCCGCCGUAUCGGAGGGCUGCGACGUCGAAGAAGAUACCGCUGCAGGAUGUGACGAGGAUGGUGCUGGGGGUGUCAAGGAGGUGGAAGUAUACCUUUGAGGAGGCUUGCAGGUUGACGCAGCAGAUCGAACUAUACCACAACAACGUCGCGCCCUACAACUUCGACCAAGGCCUCAACGUGCGCACCUACUGGACCGCGCUCCCCACCACCGCCGAAACCCUCGACCUCAAACGCCUCGCCAUCACCCUUUUCCAAAUCACCCCGCACGCAACAGGUGUAGAGCACCUGUCCAACAUCUGGUCCUCCAAAGCCCGCACAAAACACGAUCCGGCGCUUAACGUCGCCGCCCUACGAACAGCAGGCCUCCUCAACGCGCAUUACAGGAUCCAUUGGUCUGAGACGCGGAGACCACCACUAGUUGGCACCUCCCAAGCGCUGGCGUCAAUACCACAAUCAAUACCACAGCAACAACCGCAUCCCACAUCCGGGCUUUUUCAACCACCACCACCACCACCACCACCACCAUCAUCAUCCUCGUCCCAAGCCCCAGCAUUACAAUCACCCCCCGACGUCCUUCCCUCCUCCGGCCUCGACGACCCCUUCGGCGCGCUCUUCGACGCCGAUGACGUGGAAGAGUUUGAGCGCGGGGUGUUUGCCGAAUCCGACGUGCUCUUCCCGGCCGACCGCGCGGAUACAUCGCUGGAACAGCUGUUUGAUCUGAGUAUGGCGAACGUGAAUCUGGAGGAGGUGCAGAGUAAAACGGUGGGAGUGGGGACGGGGAUGGUGGGGGUAGGGAAUGGGGUGGAGUGGAGUAUUGAUGAUGCGCUGAUGUGAUUUUUUUUUGGGGGGGGAAUGGGGGGUGGGUGUGAGGUGGGAGAGGUGAGGAUGGGUUGGUUUUGGAAGGGUGAGGGAACUGCUGCUCUGCUUCCAGGUGGAGUGUGGUGUCGUUGCAUGGAAGGGGCCUUUCUAUGAAGCCAAUGGCUCUCGACACAUCAGCGAGGGAUCUCCCGUUCCUGGAACACUUGUAUCAUAGUUGGGGAUUGGGUACUGAGCCGGAGAGUUACGGUGGCCGGGGGUAGGCGCGAGAUGGGGAUAUGCAGAUAUGUUCCUCCCCGGCGCACGUAAUCAUUUAAGAUCUUUUGUGUGUUGGCGGGCCCAGCAGCAACGUCGAAAAUGGGUCUUGCAAACAUGCAUGUGUUGUAGGCAGACAUGCGGCGGAAGGGACGCGAAUCUUGCUUGACGCGUUCGCUUUGGCCCUCGACCAAGUGACCUCCAACUCCUGUGAGGUGUCCCAAAGUUAUUUCUCAAGCACAUGAAUGC